AUGGCAGCAUCGUUUUGGAACGGCAUGUGAUUUAAAUCGGAGAGGACGAAGAAGAAUGCGACCAUGUUGAAUUAGCAAGAACUAACACAAUAGAGACGUUUUAUUUGGAGUGAAUUUAAUCAAACGGUAAAGUGUUGAUCGACCGCAAAAAAAAAGGUGAUAUAUAACAUCAGAGGGAGAGAAAGGUGACACAGGCUUGAACUGAAUUCUGCCCGACUCACACACAAAGCCACACACUUUGACAGAAGACCUGUGGUGUCAACAAGAGAGGAGGGAGACCCAGCUGAAACAAACAGGACAGACAGAGGGGGACGUAAAGCUGUUUUGCUUUUUGGACUACAAUUACCCUUUAUUUGAUUUUCAACAUCAGGAAACUACUUUCACAUGUGGAUGGACAUGUAUAUACACACAGAGUGGAAAACAAAUAUUGGACAAUAAGGACCAUAUUAUUUUGGAUAAAUAUUUCUCCAAAGGUUUGAAAAACCUUUUACAAGGACAUCAAUGUUGCGCAAUUCAAAGGGACUCGACGCAAAGCAAGGAAAUGUUUAACCAAAGAAAGAGAUUUAACUUUUGAACAAAGAUUAUAUUACUGAUACUAUUCCCUCGGUUCAAAUUGUCUUAGCAGUUCUAUUGCUGGACUUAAACUCAUUGAUACUUGUUUACAUACCAUUUUUUUUAUAUUGUGUGCAGGUAUAAAAUAUUUAUGCAUUUGAAUGCAUAUAGCUCUUCAUUUGGAAGAGCUCUUGUAUUAAGACUUUUCAUACGUCAGUAAACUCUGAAGGGGACUAAACUGCACAUGUGUAUAUGUAACAACUACAAACAUACUUCUGUUGUGAAAGCUUUGGACUAAAAAUAAUGGAGAAUAUUGUUUGAUGCUUAUUUUAGACUCGUCUACUUUCGAAGAGGCUUUUUAAGAAAAGGAAGAAAAAAAAACUAAGGGAGGGUAAGACGUAAAUCUUUUGAGAGUAAAAACAACAGAAAGACAUGGCAUCCGCAAGAACGGAGAACCUUGGCCCUAUCGGCAUGGGACUGAACAAGCAGAACGGGCAGCUUAGGGGGGUGCCUAAACCGGCCUCUCCUCAAUCAGGACCCCUCGUCCUGGGCUCUCUGUUAAGCAAGGCUGUAGGUGCACCCCAGAAAGCAGGUGCUGCCCUGGAGGGAACUGGCAUUAGGUAUGGAGAUGACUGGAAAAAGAGCCUACAGCUCCCUCCCAAAGACACAAGAGUCAGAACCUCUGAUGUAACAUCCACUAAGGGAAAUGAGUUUGAGGACUACUGUCUGAAACGGGAGCUCCUGAUGGGCAUCUUUGAGAUGGGCUGGGAGAAGCCCUCCCCUAUCCAGGAGGAGAGCAUUCCUAUAGCCUUGUCAGGACGAGACAUCCUGGCCCGAGCCAAGAAUGGAACAGGGAAGAGCGGGGCCUACCUCAUCCCCAUGCUGGAGAGAAUAGACCUGAAGAAGGACUAUAUACAGGCUAUUGUGAUGGUGCCCACUCGUGAGCUGGCCCUGCAGGUGAGCCAGAUCAGUAUCCAGAUCAGCAAGCACCUGGGCGGAGUGAAAGUCAUGGCCACCACGGGUGGCACCAACCUGCGAGAUGACAUCAUGCGCCUGGACGAGACUGUGCAUGUGGUCAUUGCCACACCUGGCAGGAUCUUGGAUUUGAUAAAGAAGGGCGUGGCCAAAGUGGAUAGAGUUCAGAUGAUGGUGAUGGAUGAGGCGGACAAGCUGCUGUCUCAGGACUUUGUGGUGCUCAUCGAGGAUAUCAUCAGCUUCCUGGGCAAGGGCCGUCAGAUCCUGCUGUACUCUGCCACCUUCCCCAUCAGCGUGCAGAAGUUCAUGGCCAAGCACCUGCAGAAGCCCUAUGAGAUCAACCUGAUGGAGGAGCUGACUCUGAAGGGCAUCACCCAGUACUACGCCUACGUCACUGAGAGACAAAAGGUCCACUGUCUCAACACACUCUUCUCCAGGUUGCAGAUCAAUCAGUCCAUCAUCUUCUGUAACUCCACCCAGAGAGUUGAGCUGCUGGCUAAGAAGAUCACCCAGCUGGGCUAUUCCUGCUUCUACAUCCACGCCAAGAUGAUGCAGGAGUACAGAAAUCGUGUGUUCCACGACUUCAGAAAUGGACUCUGCAGAAAUCUUGUCUGCACUGAUCUCUUCACUAGAGGUAUUGACAUCCAGGCCGUCAAUGUCGUCAUCAACUUCGACUUCCCCAAGAAUGCUGAGACAUACCUGCAUCGCAUCGGACGAUCAGGGAGGUUUGGCCACCUGGGCCUGGCCAUCAACCUGAUCACCUCUGAAGACCGCUUCAAUCUGAAGUCCAUCGAGGACCAGUUGGUCACCGACAUCAAGCCUAUCCCUGGCAGCAUCGACAAGAGCCUGUACGUGGCAGAAUUACACGCCACCAACCCCAAUUGCGAGGAGGAGCUGAAGGAGACAGGCCGCCAACAGGUGGAGCCCUAGAACUCCUCAACUGGACAACAGGAUGUACCCGGCUUUUGCACAACAUUCAGCUCUUGCAGCUCAGGCACCUCUUCAACUUAUCUUUUCUCAACCUUCAGAACCUGGCACAUGGAUGUAUUUGUUUUUGCUGAUUUGUAUGUUCUGUUCUUGUUUCCCCUUUUAUUUCAUUAGGAGAUGCCGUCAUUUUUUUUGGCUGAAAUAGUCUUAACCAUGUUGUUUUGCACCAAAGGUAACUUGCCAAAUGCACACUGAUUUGAGUUAUCAGUCCUUUUUUGGCUUAAGACAUGUAGACUUUUUGGGGGGGGGUUGUAUCCUGGUAUUGCAAGGUAAUAUUCAGCUGAAAAACUUGAGAUAGUUGAGGAACAUUGCCUUUAAAAAAAGUAAGAACCGUGCAAAAUAUUGUAUCUUGUAUUGUAUUGUUUCCUGCUGAAUACGUCAUCCACUUUUAUGGCUAGUAGGUUUGGGCGAUAUACUGUACACUGGGGUAUUUUGAAAUACUGACUGAUUUUCAAAACAGUUUUAAAAUAUUUUUUGGGGGGGGGGUUGGGGGCACCUGGAGGCUGCAGGUUUGUGUGCUUAUAAAUAUACGGAAUCUAAGAUGUCAUUAUAAUUUAGAUCCACCUCUGGUCUCCAGCUUUGCUAACUUGCUAGGUACCUAAGUGGCUAGAUGUCAAGAUCAAGCUUCUUGGUUACAGCAGACUUUCUAACCUGGGUACCAGUCUUUUUAGCUAACAUUCCACUCCUUGCCAUUGCCAAAGACGGGCUUUUCUGCCAUCUUCAAAUAUGAACAUUCUAUCUUUAAUGAGCUCAAGGAGAACAUAGGAGUUGUUCCUAAUUCGAUAACCCCCACCUCUCUCGUCCAAUCACAACGAUUAUCCUAAUAUUGGAACCUAACUUUUUUCCCCCUCCUCCACAGAACAUAAACUCAGCAAAAAAAGAAACAUCCUCUCACUGUCAACUGCGUUUAUUUUCAGUAAACUUGUUGAAUCUUAUGUUCAUACAAAUAUUUACACAACUGAGACAUAAACUGAACAAGUUCCACAGACAUGUGACGAACAGAAAUGGAAUGUGUCCCUGAACAAAGGGGGGGGGGGUCAAAAUAAAAAAUAAUUCAGUAUCUGGUGUGGCCACCAGCUGCAUUAAGUACUGCAGUGCAUCUCCUCCUCAUGGACUGCACCAGAUUGGCCAGUUCUUGCUGUGAGAUGUUACCCCGCUCUUCCACCAAGGCACCUGCGAGUUCCUGGACAUUUCUGGGGGGAAUGGCCCUAGCCCUCACCCUCCGAUCCACAUGUCCCAGACGUGCUCGAUGGAAUUGAGAUCCGGGCUCUUCGCUGGGCAUAGCAGAACACUGACAUUCCUUCCUUGCAGAAAAUCACACAUAGAACAAGCAGUAUGGCCAGUGGCAUUGUCAUGCUGGAGGGUCAUGUCAGGAUGAGCCUGCAGGAAGGGUACCACAUGAGGGAGGAGGAUGUAUUCCCUGUAACGCAGAGCAUUGAGAUUGCCUGCAAUGACAACAAGCUCAGUCCGAUGAUGCUGUGACUCACUGCCCCAGACCAUGACGGACCCUCCACCUCCAAAUCGAUCCCACUCCAGAGUACAGGCCUCGGUGUAACGCUCAUUCCUUCGACGAUAAACGCGAAUCCGACCAUCACCUCUGGUGAGACACAACUGCGACUCGUCAGUGAAGAGCUCUUUUUGCCAGUCCUGUCUGGUUCAGCAACGGUGGGUUUUUGCCGGUGAUGUCUGGUGAGGACCUGCCUUACCACAGGCCUACAAGCCCUCCGUCCAGCCUCUCUCGACCUAUUGUGCACAGUCUGAGCACUGAUGGAGGGAUUGUGCGUUCGGUGUAACUCGGGCAGUUGUUGCUAUCCUGUACCUGUCCCGCAGGUGUGCUGUUCGGAUGUACCGAUCCUGUGCAGGUGUUGCACAUGGUCUGCCACUGCGAGGACAAUCAGCUGUCCGUCCUGUCUCCCUGUAGCGCUGUCUUAGGUGUCUCACUGUACAGAUUUACAGCAAUUUUGCCAAUUUAUUGCCCUGGCCACAUUUGCAGUCCUCAUGCCUCCUUGCAGCAUGCCUAAGGCACGUUCAUGCAGAUGAGCAGGGAUCCUGGGCGUCUUUCUUUUGGUGUUUUUCAGAGUCUGUAGAAAGGCCUCUUUAGUGUCCUAAGUUUUUCAUAACUGUGAUCUAUGACAACAUCCGGUGAAAUUGCAGAGCGCGAAGUUCAAAAUACAAAAAUCGUAAUAUUAAACAUUCAUGAAAAUACAAGUGUCAUACAUCAUUUAAAAGCUUAACUUCUUGUUAAUCCAACCGCGUUGUCAGAUUUCAAAAAAGCUUUACGGCGAAAGCAUACCAUGCGAUUUAUCUGAGGACAGCGCCCCACACAAAUACUUUCUCAACCAGCACAUGCAUCACAAAAUCACAAAUAGCGAUUAAAUGAAUCUCUUACCUUUUGAAGAUCUUCCUCUGUUUGCAAUCCCAAGGGUCCCAGCUACACAAUGAAUGGUCGUUUUUGUUCGAUAAAGUCCUCCUUUAUAUCCAGAAGGUCAGUUUAGUUGGCGCCAAUGAUCUUGGUAAUCCACUCUUUCAACAUGCAUAUAAACAAAUCCAAAAAGUUACCAGUAAAGUUUGUCCAAACAAAUCAAACGAUGUUUCUAAUCAAUCCUCAGGUACUCUAAUAUCUAAAUAAAUGAUAAUAUUUAAGACGGAGAAUAGUAUGUUGAAUAGGUGAAGAUAAAUAACAAAGUGCGGGCAACUCAUUCACGCGCAAACAAGACCACUUUUCUAAUGAGAGAGUACUUGGAGUUCUUCAAACUACUUGUCAAUUUUUCGCAAAACAAGCCUGAAACCCUUUCUAAAGACUGACAUCUAGUGGAAGCCAUAGGAACUGCAAUCCGGGUCCUAUCUAUUUGAAUAUCCCAUAGGCAACCAUUGAAAUAACCUGUGGCCUCAUAUAUAUAUUCCGGAUGGAUUUUCCUUGGGUAUUUGCCUUCCAUAUCAGUUCUGUUAUACUCACAGACAUUAUUUCAACAGUUUUAGAAACUUCAGUGUUUUCUAUCCAAUGCUACCAAGUAUAUGCAUAUCCUAGCUUCUGGGCCUGAGUAACAGGCAGUUUACUUUGGGCACGUCAGUCAUCCGAAAUUCCGAACAAAAACCAGUCUCCAAAACAGGUUAAUUGCCUACGCUGUUCGUGUCUUAACGACCGUUCCACAGGUGCCUGUUCAUUAAUUGUUUAUGGUUUAUUGACCAAGCAUGGGUAACAGUGUUUAAACCCUUUACAAUGAAGAUCUGUGAAGUUAAUUUGUAAAAAUCCAAAUAUCUUUGAAAGACAGUGUCCUGAAAAGGGGAUGUUUCUUUUUUUGCUUGUUUUUUUGUAUCUGGUUGCUGAGCAACUUUUUAAAAAUUGUCCAGACGAAAUCAGUCUGUCAGAAGUUGCUAGUCCACGUCAAAAUUUUCUAAGUAAACCAAAACUUAUUUGCUUUGAUUUUAGAUAAAGAUCCUUGUUUCCUAAAUUGUUUUGUGCGACUCAGAAAAUCUAUUGUAUUUUUCAAAUAGUGCCCCUUGUGUGCACUUCCGGUAAUACAGUUUACCCCAGUAUGGUACAAAAAAGGUAUGAAAAUCUGGAUACCACCCAACCGUAAUGGGGUGGGUUCUAAGCUACAUAUUUAAUUGUUUUAAGAUGGUCAAAGAAAGGCAGUGAAUAACAUAGUCCCCCCCAAAAAUCUAAAGGUUCUGAAGUGUCUGUCCUAUAUCUGAGUGAUGUAAGAAAGAUCAGGGAAUGUUUAUUUUAUUACAUGUACUUAUUCUCUUAUUUUAGGCACUAAAUAAACUACAGUAUCUUCAUAUACUUACAUUCAUUUUUAUUUUUUUUACUGAUACCGGAGACCUUCAGACGAGUCGUGAGGCUUGUGGGUGUCCUAAAACUGAACACCAUCGUGAGAGUCUCAGCUUUCCACAGAGCAGCCAUAUUAGUGUGCAUCCAAAACCAACGUUUUUGUGAGAAGACCGGUUUUACGGGAUGUCUAAUGGUCUGACAAACAUCGCUCUAACUCUGCCACCUUGCACCGCAGAUGCCGAAGGGUGAUAUCUGCGGAUGCUUAACCUGUCUAGGAUCAGCGUGGCGCUAGCGGCACACCCCCCCCCCCCCCCCCC